AUUGCUCGCCAUUACUACUGCCAUCAACAGCAGCAGCAGCAGCAGCAGCAGCAGCAGCACGGCCACUACGGCCCUGUACGGCUUCCUUUACUACCGCCACUGCUGCUGCUGGUACGACUCCCCCGUCUGCAUGAAACGAGAGAAAAAGAGAGAGGACAUGUAGCGAGGAACAGGGACGAAACUCCGUUCGUCUAUGAGAUACUUUUCUGGUGCUACCGUAUCGUGGCGCUGUGUUCUUUGCGCGCCAUAACAAUCAGCUGUUUACACCGGCUGUUGCUGUUGUUGUUGUUGCUGACAACCACAGGAGUGGUGCUGUGAAGAGCGCACAGGGAAAUAUUGGAUAUCAUGAAACACCUAAGUGCUUUUGUCACAUGUGCAGAAGGCGCAUCGCAGGCGACUUGCGCGCUUUGAGUUCGUCUUCGAAUGUUUAUCAAGUAAGAGCUAGCGGACGUCGUCUAUCAAAGCCAAACUGUAGAAAUGAAUAUACCGAAUUUUCCCCCGAGAAAAUCAAGUGGUUUUCGCGCCAUUACAUCGCAUUGUGAAAUUGUAGCGAAGUAUAUUGAUGUUAUGCAAGGAAGGCGAGAGUCUAGUCUGAAGGAGCGUGUCAAUCUACUUCACUCCAUUGUGAACGAAAGCAGCAACGGCAACCGAUUCUGUUUCUACACACCCGGUGAACUGAAGCCAGAAUUCACCAUUGAGGAGCGUAAUUCGGAUCUAUUAGAUAUGAGCGAUGAUGAAAUUCUACUUGCGGUUCCGGAUGCACAUUACACUGCCAUCGACGAGCUAGUUGAGAAGUCCAAUGAUGAUGAUAACAAGAACGAGGCCGAUAAGGUUGAGCCCGCAGCUCCGCUGCUGUCUGUCGAAGAUUUAGGAGAUCAGACACAAUCCGAUUUACUUGAUCUAAAAGCUGCUCUUCAUCAGGAAAAUAGUGAAAUUGACGUUGGUAUAUUAUUUUUGGAGGGGCCGACCGCUUCAGAUCGGCUGGCAUGUGUAGCUGACGAUUUAUCCAGAUUGCCCACAAAGCAAGUGACAAAACUGUUAAAGUCGUUUAUGGCAUCAGACACUACUCGAAUGCUCCAACAGGAUUUGGCUCUUAUUGGACGUCACCUAUUAUUUACCCAUCUAAAGCAUCUUGAAGCUUUCCCUGGAACCCUAUUGAUUUCGUGUCUUUCCGAAUUCGCAUCGAAAUGGCCGCAGGUGUUUAUGGAAUCGGUACUUCAACCGACACUCAUGGACCUUGAUCGAGAUCCUCUUGUACAAACCUUGAAUAAGGUUCUUAAGACGUUCGGUUGCAGUCAAUCAUUAUGGACAUUGGAGCUACUUCUCAAGAAUCUCGUCAAGCUAGUUCGAAAAGAUGACAUUCAAGAUUUACAGAAGCUAAAAAUGAUUAAUACCGUUCUCGGCUUUAUGGAAAUACUUCUGAGCAAUACAACUGUUAUUCCAACGGAAGUAUUAAAUCACCUGCGCUUACUAUAUAAUGACCACCAGUUGGAAUUAAACAAAAGUCGUCUUUUUGCAAAGGUUAUUUUAGACAGUGUUAAACGUGUUUCAAAAUUAGGUAACCUGAAGGCGUUUAUUUCAGAUUUGGUCUCCGCCAUGGACCACCCGAUGAAGAAUGUAAUAAGGAAGGUGGCAACAAGCAAACCUUAAAAAAUCUCUAAGAGUAAUCUAUUUCCUUACAUGCAUGCAUAUUUCAAUAUAAACCUAACGUGCAACAAAUAUGAACGAACUAACUAGUAACAAAAUACAGAGUGCAUACGAGAUACAACUGUGUGUGCCAAUUUUUGAGUGACCAAGGUAGGCCCUGCUGUGGCUUUCAAAGCACUGGCCAGACAUGUAAAACAAAACUUAUCAUAAUUCUGAGUUUCCGAUGUUUUUAUCAAAUAAAUCCGAUUCUAGAAUCUAGCAUUGCAACUUCUUCCUCAAAAGUUCUCUUAACAAUUUGGUCCAAAUAACGCUUUGUGUAAGACAAACAAAAUGCACGACAUUUACAUAAUAGUACUCAAGCAAUCUACAAUCUACUUUAUUACCUAAAGUUAGGAAAGGUUUACAUGUAUUGGAACAUUCACCCCUGGAAAAUUUAUAUAUAUAUAUAUAUAUAUAUAGGUAUAUAUCCUGACCAGCUUUCUUAUAGAAAGUGUACUGAAGUGCUUCAAAUUGCUUGCUUCAAAUUUACCACUAAUUAUCAUUUACUGACAUUACAAGAUCUUUCAGCAAGUGCCGUAUUCUAUGACAAAAUACACAAUGGAUAGAUACUAAAAGGCUAAACUUCCAGAUUAGGUUAACAGGAAAAUUUGUAGAAAUUCUUAGACUGUCAAAGGUCGUAAGGUUCCCGACAAGUCUCAAACGGAAACGCCUUAAAGGUCGUAAUUGCAAGGGCCGAAAGCCCAGUAUAACCAAGUAAUAUAUAAAUAUACAACCAAGUAUACGUAUAGUAUGUUUAUGGAGUUUUAACCAUCUUUACAAAAGCGAACCGAUUCAGCGGCCUGCCUUUAAAAUGAAUAAUAACUGCAAAAAAUCCUCAAGCUGUUCUCUGAAACUUGAACAUCCGCAACUAUGAAUGUACCAUUAUCAUAUAUCUUCAUGCUACGUUUCGUAUCUUCGUAGCUCACCUUGCCAUCUAAGCUCUUCAGAUGUGCUCAAAGACUGGCUGGUAAGUGCUGCUUUGUGUUUUCCGUCAUUACUAGAACCUUUCAAAUAGCCCAGUAGUGUUUAUUUGCCUUUUCUGCUUUAGCAGUCUUGCACUGAUAAUAGAAUCACUAUGAUAAUUGCUUCUGGGAGAUAUUUCUGCGAGCCACAGUUUACCUCUGUUUAUCCCGCAUUCUAAGUAUCUCCAUACUCCGACUGAUCACUGAACCUUCGGAAGUCGGCCCGAUGUGUUUCUGUAAACACUGUCAGUUGAUUAUGCAUCAAACCUCUCGCCCU